GGCGUCUCUCAGCCACAUGGGGGUAUGGAUGAGCGGCGCUGGGGAAAGUGAAGUCUACAUUCUUCUUAAAGGAGGUUUCGCGGAAUCGAGCGGCCGAGCCGUGAUUUCUCUGCGGAAGACGGAUCAUCUGAAGGCGGCGUGUUUUUUCAGCUUCCGUGGGGAGCGGCAGCUCCAAGAAACACGCGCUCCUCAUUCACCUCGGCGCGGACUGGAGCCUCCCGGAGGAGGAAAUGAGGCUGUUUCUGGGCGUUCUUCUUAGACUAGGGAUCACAGACUGACUGAAGCCCGUCUCCGCAGUCAAACAGCUGGGAAGUUGUUUUCACUGGAUGGAUGGAUCUGUCGCCUCUGAGGAGCGGGGCGGGCAGCCGGAGGAGCAACACCCAGGAAAAUGAUGCAUCAUGGAGUGGCAGCCGCUGAACUUUGAGCAACAAAUUCACCUCGGAGCUGUCGGCGGCAUGGGGAGCCGCGGAGACCAGGAGCUGUCGGAGCGACCCUGAGGAGCCACUCUUUUUGUUUUGCUGGAUCUUCUUGCUGACUCUGUCAGUGAGGACCUGCCGGGGGACAGUGCAGCAGGCUCUGCUGUGAUGCUUCAUCUCCAUUCCUGUUCUGUCAGUGUCGGUGUCUCCAGCAAGAUUUUCGCAGUCUCAGAAUGGCUCGUUUUGAAGACGAUGCGUCCAGCCGCUUCAGAGGCAGCGGCCCCCCGGGGCCAGCCAGAGGGGCCAACCGGCAGCCGGGGCCUCCCGGGGGCCAAAGGAUGUACAAACAGACCAUGGCUCAGAGAGCCAGGACCAUGGCUAUUUACAACCCCAUUCCAGUCAAACAGAACUGCCUCACCGUUAACCGCUCCCUGUUUAUCUUUAGCGAGGAUAAUAUCAUCCGGAAAUAUGCCAAAAAGAUCACAGAAUGGCCUCCAUUCGAGUACAUGAUCCUGGCCACCAUCAUAGCAAACUGCAUCGUUCUGGCCUUGGAGCAACACCUGCCAGCUUUGGACAAAACCCCGCUGUCAGAACGUUUGGAUGACACAGAGCCCUACUUUAUUGGAAUAUUUUGCUUUGAGGCAGGGAUCAAGAUCAUUGCCUUGGGUUUUGCUUUUCACAAAGGCUCCUACCUACGUAAUGGCUGGAAUGUAAUGGACUUUGUGGUGGUCCUAACAGGGAUCCUGGCUACUGUAGGGGCUGAUUUUGAUCUGAGAACACUGAGAGCAGUCAGAGUCCUGCGGCCCCUCAAACUCGUCUCUGGCAUUCCAAGCCUUCAAGUGGUGUUGAAGUCCAUUAUGAAAGCUAUGGUACCUCUGCUCCAGAUUGGAAUGCUGCUUUUCUUCGCCAUUCUCAUGUUUGCUAUCAUCGGUCUGGACUUCUACAUUGGCAAAUUUCAUCGAACAUGCUUCAAGAAUGGAACAAAAGAGCAGGUGGCAGAUUUCCCUUGUGGACCUGAACCUCCAGCAAGGACCUGUGGCAAAGGGAAUAUCUGUGAAGAGUACUGGCUUGGACCUAACUUUGGGAUCACAAACUUUGACAACAUCCUGUUCGCCAUUCUCACUGUUUUCCAGUGUAUCACCAUGGAAGGAUGGGUGGACAUCCUGUACAAUGCCAAUGAUGCCUCUGGGAACAUGUGGAACUGGCUCUACUUCAUCCCUCUCAUCAUCAUUGGGUCGUUCUUCAUGCUCAACCUGGUGCUGGGUGUGCUGUCAGGAGAGUUUGCAAAGGAAAGGGAGCGUGUGGAGAAGAGGCAAGAAUUCCUGAAGCUUCGUCGACAGCAGCAGAUUGAGAGAGAGCUGACUGGUUAUUUGGAGUGGAUCUGUAAAGCAGAAGAGGUGAUGUUGGCUGAGGAAGACAAGAACGCUGAGGAGAAGUCUCUGGAUGGAGCGUGGUACAAAAGGAAACAUAACCCCAACUCUGUGCUGAAAAGAACAAAGAAAAGUAAGAAUGACCUCAUCAAUGCAGAAGAAGGGGAGGACCAUUUCACUGACAUUUCAUCAGUUGGCCCCCCAGGGUCGCCAUUUGCACGAGCGAGUGUGAAGAGCAAGAACGAGAGCUCGUCUUACCUGAGGAGGAAGGAGAAGAGAAUUCGCUUCACCAUCCGCCACCUGGUCAAAUCCCAGACGUUUUACUGGACUGUAUUAUGUCUUGUUGGCCUCAACACGCUGUGUGUAGCUAUAGUACACUAUGACCAGCCAGAGUGGCUUACGUAUGCAUUAUACCUGGCCGAGUUUGUGUUUCUGGGCUUAUUCCUGGCUGAGAUGACCAUAAAAAUGUACGGCCUUGGACCCCAGACUUACUUCCACUCUUCUUUUAACUGUUUUGAUUUUGGGGUCAUUAUUGGGAGUAUUUUUGAGGUGGUCUGGGCUGCGAUCAAACCUGGUGCUUCAUUUGGAAUCAGUGUCCUGAGAGCGCUGCGACUUCUCCGGAUCUUCAAAGUUACCAAGUACUGGAACUCUUUGAGGAACCUGGUGGUAUCCCUACUCAACUCUAUGAAGUCCAUCAUCAGUCUGUUGUUCCUGCUCUUCCUCUUCAUCGUGGUCUUUGCUCUGCUGGGAAUGCAGUUGUUUGGAGGACAGUUUAACUUUGAGGAUGAAACUCCAACAACCAACUUUGACACAUUCCCAGCUGCUAUUCUCACUGUGUUUCAGAUUCUAACUGGGGAGGACUGGAAUGCUGUCAUGUACCAUGGGAUAGAAUCUCAGGGUGGUGUGCAUGGAGGAAUGUUCUCCUCCAUUUAUUUCAUCAUACUUACUCUUUUUGGAAACUACACACUGCUCAACGUGUUCUUGGCCAUCGCUGUUGAUAACCUUGCAAAUGCCCAGGAGCUUACAAAGGAUGAAGAGGAGCAGGAGGAGGCCAUCAGCAAAAAGCUGGCUCUUCAGAAGGCUAAAGAGGUACAGGAAGUCAGCCCUAUGUUGGCUGCUAACAUUUCAAUCACAACGAGUUAUGUCUGCACCCCAGUCCAUCACUACCUGAGCAAUGAGCAGCAGAGGUCAGUCAAGAUGAUGUCUGUCUGGGAGCAGAAAGCCAGCCAGCUGAGGAGGCACAAUCAGGCGAGCUGUGAGGUCUUAUAUGAUCCCGAGGAGUGUGUCUGCCUCCCCUCUGGUCUUCAGAUGCGGCCUGACAUGAAGACCCACCUUGACCGGCCCCUGGUUGUUGGACAUUCCGAUGGGCUGUUGAUGAGAGGCCAUCAACAUCACCGUCACCAGCCGGGCACGCCGGAGGAAACAGAGACUGCCGCUGAUCCACCGUCCGCUCCGCCUCAUUCUAAUCACCGUCACCACCGCCACAGAGACAGAGGGCGGGCUAAGGUGAAAGAAGAGCCCAAUGACAGCGGAGGUGACAGUGGGAAAGAUGGGAGACAACACGUCCAUCACAGCCACUCCAAAAAUCAUGACUACAGCUGUAGACAAGAGGGGAAGAGCGGGAGGUCCUCCAGCAAAGACAGGAGCAGGAAGCAUCACCAUCACAGUUCAAUGGAUGAGAGCGCAGGUGUGGGGGCCACAAGAGAGAGAGAGCAUCGGCAUCAUCAUUCACAUCGACAGUCCAGAGGGGGGAAUGGGGCAGUGAAUGGUGGGGGUCGAGGCGAGCACAGGCUUCACCGUAAAGAUGGUCGAUCAUCUAACAAGGAUGGGGAUAGGGAGGGCAAGAGGAGGAGGCAUCGAACACACGGGUCGAGGAGUCAGUCCAGGGCUGAAGUAGAGGAGACAAACGAGAGAGAUGAGCCAAAUACUAACAGGUUUGGUGAGUCAGAUGACAUCUCCCAGCAGCCAGGCUCUCUGGAAACGUCUGGCCAGCCAGAGGACUCAGACAACCAGAAGAAUGUCAGACGAACAGGCCAGACCUCCAUCCGCAUUCCCCCUGUGACUAUCACCACACCUGGAGAGAUCACUAUGAUACAAAUGAACAGUACUGAUAAUGAAUCAAUGCCUAUGAAUGAGAAGAACCUGAAGGAUCAAUGUCACUCUGGACCAAGACCCAUCUUAGCUUACAGCUCAAUGUUUAUCUUUGGACAGACCAACCCGGUGAGGAGGUUAUGUCACUACAUUGUGACCCUGCGGUAUUUUGAGAUGUCCAUCCUGGUUGUUAUCGCAAUGAGCAGCAUUGCUCUGGCAGCUGAGGAUCCAGUCUGGACAAAUGCCCCUCGCAACAAUGUGCUCAAAUAUCUGGACUAUGCCUUUACUGGUGUUUUCACGUUCGAAAUGGUGAUCAAAAUGGUGGAUCUUGGACUGCUUCUCCAUCCUGGAUCUUACUUCAGAGACCUGUGGAACAUUCUGGACUUCAUAGUGGUCAGUGGGGCUCUGGUGGCAUUUGCAUUUUCGGGGACUAAAGGCAAAGACAUCAGCACCAUCAAGUCACUGAGGGUUCUCAGGGUUCUUAGGCCUCUCAAGACCAUCAAACGUCUGCCAAAACUCAAGGCCGUGUUUGACUGUGUGGUCAACUCUUUAAAGAACGUGCUGAACAUCCUCAUUGUUUACAUCCUCUUCAUGUUCAUUUUUGCUGUUAUUGCGGUUCAGCUCUUCAAGGGAAAGUUUUUCUAUUGCACUGAUGAGUCCAAAGCCCUGGAGAAAGAUUGCAAAGGACAAUUUCUUGACUACGACAAAGAAACAGUGGCAGCAAUGCCAAGAGAGUGGAAAAAAUAUGAAUUCCAUUAUGACAAUGUACUCUGGGCCUUCCUAACUCUCUUCACAGUCUCAACUGGGGAGGGCUGGCCAACUGUUCUGAAACACUCUGUUGAUGCUACCUUCGAAGAUCAAGGUCCCAGCCCUGGCUACCGCAUAGAGAUGUCCAUCUUCUAUGUGGUCUACUUCGUGGUCUUUCCAUUUUUCUUUGUCAACAUCUUUGUUGCUCUAAUAAUUAUCACCUUCCAAGAACAGGGAGACAAGGCCUUGUCUGAAUGCAGUUUGGAAAAGAAUGAGAGGGCUUGUAUUGACUUUGCCAUAAAUGCGAAACCUUUGACACGCUACAUGCCAGAGGACACACAAUCCUUCCAAUACAGGAUGUGGAAGUUUGUCGUUUCACCCCCAUUUGAGUACUCCAUUAUGAUCAUGAUUGCUCUCAACACUGUGGUACUCAUGAUGAAGUUUCAUGGAGCUCCAGACUUUUAUGAAGCAAUGCUGAAGUACCUUAACAUAGUGUUCACCACUCUUUUCUCUCUGGAGUGCAUUCUCAAGAUCAUCGCCUUUGGUCCCCUGAACUACUUAAAAGAUGCCUGGAAUGUAUUUGACUUUGUGACAGUUUUGGGGAGCAUCACUGACAUCCUGGUGACUGAAAUCAAAACUACGGACAGACUAUUGAAUUUGAGCUUCCUGAGGCUCUUCAGAGCAGCUCGGCUCAUCAAGUUGCUGAGGCAAGGCUACACCAUCCGCAUCCUGCUCUGGACCUUUGUCCAGUCUUUCAAGGCCCUGCCAUAUGUGUGCCUGCUUAUCGCCAUGCUGUUCUUCAUUUAUGCCAUCAUUGGGAUGCAGGUGUUUGGGAACAUUGAGCUGAAUGAAGACACAGCUAUCAACCACCAUAACAACUUCCGCACUUUUCUCCAGGCUCUUAUGCUGCUGUUCAGGAGUGCAACUGGAGAAGCCUGGCAUGAGAUCAUGUUGUCGUGUCUGAGUCAUCGACCCUGUGAUGAGCUUUCAGGGACUAGUGGGAAAGACUGUGGCAGUGAUUUUGCCUACUUCUACUUUGUUUCCUUCAUUUUCCUCUGCUCCUUCUUGAUGCUGAAUCUCUUUGUGGCUGUCAUAAUGGAUAACUUUGAGUACCUGACCAGAGACUCCUCCAUCCUGGGGCCGCAUCAUCUUGAUGAAUUCAUUCGAGUUUGGGCCGAGUAUGACCCAGCUGCUUGUGGCCGUAUCAAGUACUCCGAUAUGUAUCAGAUGCUGCUACACAUGCCCCCGCCCUUAGGUUUGGGAAAGAAAUGUCCACCAAGAGUCGCCUACAAGCGUCUUGUCAAAAUGAACAUGCCCAUUGCUGAUGACAACACAGUCCACUUUACCUCCACUCUGAUGGGCCUGAUUCGCACUGCGCUGGAGAUCAAGUUGGCCUCAGGUAUGGUGCUGCAGCGUUUAAGGGAUGCAGAGUUAAAGAAAGAAAUAUCCACAGUUUGGCCGAGCCUCAGUCAGAAGACCAUGGAUUUGUUGGUGACGCCACACAAACCCAAUGAGCUAACGGUAGGAAAGGUUUACGCAGCACUGAUGAUCUUUGACUACUUGAAACAGAAUCGAGCGAGGAGGCUGCAGCAGAUGGCCAACUCUGACCCCCAGUACAAGGUCGAAGCUCUGUUUAAGCCAUUGCUGCCUCUGACUCACAUGCAGGGCUCACCCAGUGCUCCUCAAUCUCAGCAAAGCCUGGAGUCAUUCCGUCAAGUGGUCAGCUCUAACUCCAUCAACAAUGGAGGGAUGCUGCCAGGUUAUGACCCCAGAAAUAAAUCAGUAGUUUCCACUGGGAUGGAGAGGCCCACCGAGGGGGUCUAUCCCAAACCAAAGAGAACCAUAUCCAAAGGCCCAUCAGUGGACACAUCAAACGCUGUCAAUCAGGAGUCAGUAGGGCUGAACAGUGUCAGCAGCACAGUCCCAGUCCCAGUCCCUGGUCCAGGUCUGGAGAGCCAGGGCAGGGCUGCUUCAAUGCCUCGGCUCAACGUGGAGCUCCAGGCUGGCCGUGAUGCUAGCUCUAUGAGACGCUCUGUUACCACUGUAGCUCCACAGCGGCCCCAGGAGGUUAACCUCAGGGACUACACCCUGGAGAAACCUCGUCAGGAGAGAACACAUCACCAUCACCACCACCAUCACUGCCACCACCGCAGAGACCGGGACAAAGACAAGAGACAAGGGUCUUUGGAUACUCCUCUUGAACCUCCCAACUCAGCUGGCGAACCAGAACAGUCGACAUCUGAACCUGCUGCCUCCAGAGAGCGAGCCCAUAAACGUGGGCGCUCCCAUGAAAGGAAACACCAUCACUCCUCAGCAGACAAGCAACGCUACUACUCCUGUGACCGCUACUGCAGCCGGGAACGCUGCUGUCCCAUAUCUGCUACUGCCGCCUGCUCCUACCGAGAGGAGCAGGAAACCAGCAAAAAGCAGGGCAGUGGUUUGGUUAAAGGCAGCCAAGAUGCAUCAAGAUCCAGUUCAAGCACACCAAGCCGUGGACGCCGGCAGCUCCCACAGGUCCCACACACCCCACGGCCUGGGGUGGGAUAUAAGACUGCACACCCUUCUCAAGUGCACUUUGUGUCUAGUCAGGCUUCUCAGAGUCCUGGCCGACUAAGCCGUGGCCUGUCGGAACACAACACCCUGCGUCAUAGUGGUUCCUACUACUUCCCCUGCCCUGUCACUCGUAUCAGCUCAGAGCCCUUUCUGGGCCAGGGCCAUGGUGAGGCCCUGGGCAGUCCUUACAGCAGCUUCCAGAACCAGCUGGAUGUCUUCCAGGAUGUGGCAUCACUGUCCCCUACCCCUAGUGCUGAACAGUCACCCCGGACCACACUGCCUCGAAGGAUGGGAGCCCUACAUCCAACUUUUGGUGUAGACCCGAGUGUGCCCAAUGGGUACCACUUAAGUUUAGGGGGCAGCACCAGCCCAGGCACUGGAUACAGGGCACUGAGGUACAGAAGGUAGAUGGGAAUGAAUGGUGCUACCAUGGCUUUAAACCAACCUUUUUAAUGCAUUUUUGAGGCAUUAUGAUGGGUUUUAUCAGCUUUUCUGAAGGCUUUAGUUUACAUGGUAAUUUUGUGUUUAAUACUGUAUUCUAGCUGAGAAAGUUAAGGAGAUGGAAUACACAUGGCAUUCUAAAACGAAAGAGAAAAUACAUUUCCUUUCCACUAGGAGACACGUUUGUCUGGCAGUUGCUAGGGUGUUUUUUUUACCUCAGUGUUUUGUCGAAACCACCAUAUUGAGCUUGAAAGAAUAAUUGAAAUGGGAGAAUCAUUUUUCAUGUUCUAGUAAUAAUACCCUGCAACAGACUGGCGACCUGUCCAGGGUGUACCCCGCCUCUCGCCCGGAACGUAGCUGGAGAUAGGCACCAGCAACCCUCCCGACCCCAUUAGGGACAAAGGGUGAAUAGAAAAUGGAUGGAUGGAUGGAUGGAUAGUAAUAAUACCCUACAACCUGAACAGAUAAGAGUCUUACAGUUUUAGAUAAGACUUAUGCAGACCAGCUGUAUAUUCAAAUUUAGCUUAUAUUUUGUCUUGCUUAAACGUAGUGUUCAGUGUGGGACAUGGGUUUUUUCUCAUGAUGGCCGUUGUGCUACACAUAAUGCCUUUUGCCAUUGUGGAGAAAAUGAGUUGUGGUGUGUGUAUGCAGCUAACUUUUUGACCAAUAGUUCUUUUAUUAAAACUUAAAGCUGCACUAACUUGCCCUUCCAUAAGUCAGCAAUUAUAACAGAUUCCCCCUUUUCAAAGACAAUUUAACAGGUUCAAAUAGCCAUCUAAUUCUCCAUGUUGGUGAUGAGUCUACUUGGUUCUGUUUAGUUAUGGAUCUGUUCCCAAGUAUUCAUGCAAAGUGAACUUUUGAAAUUCUGUGAAGGAUGUCUCUGAACAGACAUUUUUAGUACGCUAACCACAAAAUACCAGCGUGUUAUUUUGAUAAUUUGGGUUUUUUUUGUUUUUUUAUUUCAGACAAACAUUUCACCAACAAGACAUAAUAAAGCAAGACUUUCAUAUUUAGAAGUGUAAAUACAAUACCUUAUUACCAAAUAUACAUGCUCAAAUACCUGUAAAUACUCCACUUGACUGUGAGCCUGAAAAGGAACAUAAUGAAGUUUAACUUAUACAAUCACUCUCUGUUUCCAUUCAGUAAUUCAUAAUCUUCCCAUUUCCCAUGUCUCUUCUAAAUAAAAAUUGUUUCUGAACCAGAUGAAAAUACUAUACACGCUCAUAUAUGCAUAUAUACACAUACACAUCUACCUGUAUAUAUACAUAUGUAAUGUAUAACUAUAUACACACCACACACACAUUUACACACCCAUACACACACACCCGUACACCCAAUUGCCCAGGUCAUCCACAACGCUGUAAUUCAUCCAUUUAUAAUAACCACUUUGAGGCUUUUCUUAAAAUACCUCAUGCUUGGACUUUGCUUGAACUCUGUGGUGAAUUCUUUCCAAAUCUUCACACCAUGACUGAGAUGCACAUCCUUUUCAUUGUUGUUCAAACAGUUAAAGUUCUGAAGUUGAGGUUUUCUCUAUAGUCAUAUUCCCCCACUCUAUUAGUAAACAAUUUUUGAAUAUUUUCUGGUAAUAGUUUGUCUCUAGCUUUGAACACAAACUGUGCAGUUUGAAACUCUUCCAAAUCUGGGAAUUUAAAGAGGCAAGAAUCUAUAAAUAAAUUGCUGGUAUGAAAUCAACCACAGAAAUCAACCUUGUGAACUAUUCGAAUGGCUCUUUUCUGUAAUGUACAUAAUGGUUGAAGUGAAGUUUUGUAGGUGUUGCCCCAAACUUCCAGUCAGUAACUUAGAUAUGGCAAAAUAAGUGAAGAGUAGAGAAUCUGAAUGGGAGGGGAGUUUAGAAAUUUUUUUAGCAUUAUAGAGAACUGCAACACUUCUAGCUAUUUUAGAUUGAACAUAUUUAACAUGAGGUUUCCAACAGAUCUCAUUAUGAAUCAAUACUCCUAAAAAACUAAUUUUAGUAAUUCUCUCAAUUUUCACAUUAUCAAUUAUUAUUUGUAAAUCGCUAUCCCCUUCACAAUUCCCUAAUAACAUAAACUUGGUUUUAUCUAAAUUUAGUGAUAAUUAAUAUCAAACCACUUUUUCAAUUUGCAUAGCUCUAAAUUAAUUUCUAUCAAAAGUUGCUGUAAAUUUUCACCUGUACAAAAAAUUUUUGUAUUGUCUGUAAAUAAAACAAAAUUAAGUAUCUUGGAAACCUUACAUAUGUCAUUUAUGUAUAAAAUAAACAACUUUGGUCCCAAUACUGAGCCCUAGGUAACACCACAAUGAAGUGGUAGCCUCUUCUGUUAAUUAAAGAACUGCAUUCACUAUGGAUCUUUGUGACCUAAAUUCAUACUGACUCUCAUGGAAUAGUUGGUGUUUAUCAAUAAAUCUAUCCAAUCUGGCAACAAAUAUUUUUUCCAAAAUUUGGGAGAAUUGUGGAAGUAAAGAAACAGGCCUGUAAUUGGUGAAAUGAUGUCUGUUCCCAGAUUUACAAAGUUGGAUGACUUUUGCAAUUUUCAUUUUUUGUGGAAAAAUAUCAGUUCGAAUUGACAGAUUACAGAUACAGUAUUCAUUUGCGGCUGUAUAAUUUCCACAGUCACCUUCUUUAUUAUUACUAUGUCAAUACCAUCACAGUCAGUUGACCUUUUAUUUUUACAUUUCUUUACAUAUCUAUAAUUUCUUUUCCUUCCACUGCUGUAAGAAACAUGAAAUCUAGAUUUCUGCUAACUAAUGUAUCAUUUGGUGUUUCAUGUACUGUUGGCCUUGUUUGGACAUUAGUAGCAAAACUCCCUCUGUUGUAGCAUCUUAAAGGGGAGCUUUUAUUUUAUUUUUCACAGUAGGAUUUCAACCCUUUUUGAAUCAGUGUGUAAAGAUAUUUAGUCAGCUAAAGAGGAGAAAUUAAUCAAUAGAGCCUAAUUUAUUUGACAGGAAACAUUUUUUGUUUAGCAUGGAUAUUUUUAGAUUAUUUCUACCAUGUACAUUAGAAACUCUUAACCAGCAGACAGUGGAAAUGCUUCAUCUGGGUCGCAUUAGAGCUGUUAGAAAAUUCACAGAAAAGAUCAUGCUCAGAGAUUAAAAAAAUCUGAAUUUUAUGUCUGAUUUAAAAUCAUCUUCUCUUGUAAGUCCUUGACCUGCCAACACAGAUUUGAGCUUAUUCCAAUUUCUGCGUAAGACUGGAGCACUGAAAAUUAUUUAUUUUCAUCUUCCUGCUGUGAGUGGUUAUUAAUUAUUUAUACUAAGCAGUGAUGUCACUACACUCAUGUGAUAAAGCAGUCACUUUUAAACAGGAUGUUACUAUUUUAUGACAAAAACAAAAGUAUUCUUGAGUUGAUAUUUUAAUAUUGAUAUUCUUGAGUUAUUCCUGAGUUGGCUUUGGCAUGUUAAAUUACCACUUAGCAUUUAAAAAGAGAGUUCUCACCAUGCCUUAAGAGAAUGCAAGUUUUACCUUAGCUCUGAGAUUUCUGCCAACAUUUCUAAAUUUGAAAUGUCCCAUAAUAGAAAGGGAGUUGAUUAAAAAAAGAGUAACUUCUGGUGCUAAACUCUGUCCAGCCUUCCUGUUAUCUACUGAAUCUCCUUCUCUCUCCCACUCUUUCAUUGUCAAAAUGAACCGCAGACAAGUCUCAAAAAUGUCAUAGAAAAUUAAUCUUAAAUACCUUUUUUCAUUUUUAAAUGCAUAACCACAUGUGACCUUAUAGCAACUAAAAUUAUAUGUUCACUCGUUAGAAAAGUUUGGAAUUUGAGUUGUUAACUGUAUAGACACCUACAGGAUCAAACGGUUAUGUUAAAUUAUGCUUAAAGUCAGUUUGUCUGUGAAUCUUGGCUUAUGUAUCACCCUCACUGAUUUGUGGGCCAGCUAUGGGAGUGCUUUGGGAUUCUUGCUGUGCUGCUGUGACAAUUGUAGAUCAAGGUACAAAAUGUUGUUGGAAAAAAAAAAAACUUCAAAAGAGAGCUACAAACUAAUGCAACAUGUAACGGUAAAUUCCAAGUUGUUUCUUACUAUAAACUGAAGGAAGCAGAACAACUCUUCAACAGUUAUGCCCUUUUUAAGCUUCCUUUUUACACCAAAGUGCAGCCUUUGAUGAAAAAUUGUAGACAAUUGGAAUUACCAUAGUAGAAAGUGUUGUUUCAGGUACUUGAAGAUCAGCAUUGCAUGAUGCUACAGAUACCAUCAUAAUAUUCAGCAGGAGAUCACUGUUACUUUCCCAAAAACAGAAGACAUACAGUGCUUAAAGCAGCUUUGAACCAAUAAUGUGACACAACUGUGUUUAAAACGAUUGAUUGGUCGUUUCCUCUUCCAGGUUUCUUUCACAGCCAACAGCACAACCAUCCCCACCCACUUUGAGUUAGCUGCAGCGGAAGUAUGGUGGUUUCAACAGAAUAACUAGUGCUGUAAGUCAGGGGAGGAAGACAGAAUAGCAGAUCAGAGGAUCAGUGUAGAGAACCUCAGACUAUACAACACUGUAAAACAAACUGUCGCUCUUUAGUUUACAACUCCACCAUUCCACAAUGACAUCUGAUCUUUUGCAACAUUCCCAGUUGAACGGCUGAAUGCUGGCUGACAGUCAGCACUUCUGUUUUUCUCAAAUACGUCUUUCUUACAGCCUUUACAAAGUAAUGCAUGGUUAGCCGACUAGUGUGUUUUCUAUAAGAAGUUCAUUGUGAAGGAUUUUCUUCUGUUGUAUCCAUUUGUUGAAUAACAUGUAAUAACACUGGUGUGUUUUAAGUGAACUGUUUACAGUUUGCCAUUGUUUCAGGUCUAUUUCUUACAGAUUUUCUUUCGUUUGGAAUGUUUUAAGACAAAGUGCCUAUCCUUUUAGAUUUAUAUAACGUAGAAAAUAAUGCAACAUCAACUUUUUUGUAAUGCAUCCACACCAGAAUAGACAGUUGAUUUAUUUUGUAUGGAGCUCUGCAGGAAAACAUGUGGCACAGAAAGCCUUAUCUGCAAGCAACAUUAAUACCUACAGUACGCUUGAAAAUCAUGAAUUAACAUAUGACCUUAGAAAUGUGUUUUCCUCUUUUAAAAAAAAAAAAAAAUUACAUUAACAAUAUUGUGAGCAUUUAAUUCCUCGUAAAACCAUGGACUCUGAUGUGAGUAAAAUAGUGUGCAUGUUUAGAGUGUAGCUCUGGUCAAACACCUGUAUUUUUGAUAAAGAUGUCAGAUAUGCCCCCAGGAAGCUCCUGUCUUGUUCACAAUAUAUUCCUAUGUGGGGGUCAGCUGAUGUCUGACUGGACAGCAGAAAGCAUGUCUGAGCGAGGGCUCCGAGCAUAAAGAAUGAACGUGGCUUGCUCUCUUAGUGUGUGUUGAAGUGUGUAAACUGCUAAGCACAGAUUCUUGCAUAUCUUUUUUGUAUGUGGAACUUCACUCAUUUACUUCGUUGCCCUUGGUGGCAACUAGCAAAAAAAAUAAAAAAAUGAAUGUGAUAAUAUCAUGACAAGGCACUUGCAGCCGCUGCUUUCAUUGCUGAUUUAAUACAGUAGAAUACAGUGGCACUAUUAGCUGUGUUCAAAUUACCACUCAAUAUGAUGCAUGCUUAUGUGGGAUGCCAGUUACAGUUGAGUCUUAAUAGUUGAAUAAUUUUGCUACAGAGAAAGAUAAAAAGAAAAAUAAUAAAGAUGAAGAGGAUGAAUGCAAUGGAAUCACUUACCUUUUUCUGAAUAAUUUAGAUUAAAAUGAAUAUAAAUGGGCUUUUACUUCAGUUUAACUUUCACCAUUAUAAGUAGUAAAACAAGUUUAUUGCCUACACUGUCAACAAAAGCAUGUUAUUUUCAUGUUGGAUUGUAUAAAAGUGGCCCACACAGAAGAACUAAGUAAAACAUUUCAUCACUUUUAGCAACUUCAAAGAUCAAAUAACAAAUAAAAAAAUAUUUAAGUCCAUAUAAUAUAUUUUCUUUAAAUGUGGAUCAGGCUGCUUAGCAACCUAUGUGGUGUAAGGUGACAUUCCAUUUCACACUUACACCAGUAGGACAAGGAAUGAAAAAAGUUGAUUAUAUGCAAAUAUUAGAUAUUUCCAUUACUCAUGGUGUUUUAAUGAGUGGAACAGUGUGACUCAUCUCACAUGGUUUUAUCAAUAACAUCAGGAAGUGUCAUCCAGGAGUUUGAUAUUGUUUUCCGUUGCUCUUGUCUUUCAAAUUCAGCAGAUAAUCCUUAUUAUUGCCAUUAUUUUUAGUGUCCUGUUUUUUUAUUUCCAAGGUCAUAGUAUUACUAGCAUUUGGUUGUCAUUGGCACAAACAUUUUUGGCUUAAAAUGAGUGGAGUUAACCAUUUAUCUUUAUUAGAUAAAUGGCACUGUUUCAUCACCUCUUUUAAGGUAAUGGUUCCCAAAAUUUAGACCCGGACAUUUUUACCAAUGUUUAAAUCCAAAGACGCAAAGUUAUUUAAAAAAUAAAAUCAAAAAUGUAAUCAUAUACUGGAUAAAAUGAUGAAAUCUUUUUAAAGCUGCAGCAAGCUAAAAUGUUAGGGAAAACUGACUGAACGAAUCAAGAUAAAUAAUUUUAAAAGUGGUAUCAAAACAUCUUUUGGAAUCUCUGUUGGGAUUUGUCAACGUAUAAAUACAUACUGAUGAAUCUGUGGCGAUCCUUUUUAGCAAAGCUGCUCCAACUUAUCAAUAUGGAUUAUAGAAUUUGGACACAGCUAAUAUGUGAACAAAAUUAAAGCAGCAACAGCAUUGAUGGAACUUGUCAGAAAGAUAUGCUGUGCUAAUGUGGAAAAUCCAUUGUGAAUUGAUGCAACCCACUGUAGAAGUAGCAGAUAAGUUGUGAUCCAUGAAGGGUCAUCAUAAAUGUGAAAGGACAUGUAGAACGUCACCGAUGAUGUCACAGAGAGGCCACUGGUGGAUCCCUGUUUCAAGUGUUGUCUUCAAGUGUUCAUGUGAGGCCUGUGAACUGAAGCUAAGAGCUGUACUUUGCACUGACCAGGACAUCAUAUGAAGGCUGCUCUGCACUCAAAGAAUAAUUGUUUUGUGCAUCUUGACUGACAAAGGAUCUUGAAAAUUAUUGGCAGGUUUAUUUGCUUCCCAUUAUGGCUGUGCAAGAUGGAAGGAACCUGCAACAACAGACUGAAUGGACGGUGGGUUCUUUGAAAGCCUGUAUCUUUGGUGGUCUACAAGGAAAAAGAAGGGAGAAAAAGGCCAAGAAAAGUAGGGCUAUGCAACAAAACCUCCCCAGUUCUCCACCCAGUCCAUUCUGUAGCUACUGAUUCAGGCUUCAGCAUGUGACCAAAUGAUUUAAAAAAACAACAAAAAAAAAAACAUGCAAACAAGAAGACCUGAAACGUAUUGAGGAACAAAGUGUAAACAAGAAACCAAUUAUUUGGGACUAUAGCAACUUUAUACAUGUAUUCGCAUGCACAAUAUUUACCCACGUUAAUGUCAAAUGAAAAUCCCUUAUGGGAGGAGAUGUGUUAUUCUCUUUGGAAAAUAUAACAAUGUUUUUUAAAACGAACAUGUUUUAUGUCUCAGCUAUUUUCAUAUUGUUCUGCUGAAACAGUUAUUUGCUGAACUUUCUGAGGUCUGUAUUGCAUCAAAGGAUAUGUACCUCUGUCUAAGAUGAUCACCUGGCUUAUACCCAUUAGAUCUAAACUUCUGGGUUAUGCAUAUCUUUCGGGUGUACGUUUGGUUUUUACAAAAAUAAAUAAAAUUAAAAAACACCAAAUGUUUGCAUGUUCUAACAGUGUACUGUAUGUGCGUGGAGGAAAUCUGGAGUUUUUAGAAACACUGUGCUUGUUUCUAUCAUUUUUAGAUUUUGUACGAUGGGGU